GGCCGGCUCCCCAUUUCAAGGUUGGAGAUGAGCGAGGCAUGGAUGCGAAUACGAGCAGUCACUCCAAUUCCUAUCAUGCCGGCCCAGCCUGCGAGUUGUACGGAUUCGACUUGUUCUACAGAUUCCAUCGAUUCUACAUAUCCUACAGAUUCCACAGGCUCCACACGUUGUACAAGCAGCCACCAAGAUCAAGACAGCCGAGGAGAAAAAAAGGUGCGAUGGGGCGUGGUACACACACGCGAAUUCGAACCUCCGCCGGAAGACAAUGACGAGCAACCAAGCAACAAGGUCGAUGCAAAACCACGACAACAACAACAGCAGCAGCGGUGAAGAAAGAGUUGAGCAAUAGAAGCUGAGCAUGGCCUUUGGUCCAAGGGGGAACGACAACGAGAGUCGUGGGGCCAUACACAACCAGGCACUGCCAGACCACCCAGACGGUGGGCGAAGAAGCGGGAAGCCCUGUUCAGCUCGUCCAUUUCGCACGUACAUACGCACAUGUGUAUGUUCUGUCAACUACAUUCGUUGACGACAUACUACAACUUGGGCUGGCCUGUAAUAUUGUCCGCACCUGUUGUCAGGCGCGUCUGGUGAGUUCGCUUGGUGAUUGGCGUGUUCCGGCCCACCAUUGCCGGAUACUGCCUUCCCCGCCCUUGCGCAUUCCCCACAACCCGCUACGCAUGUCUUGCUGAGAGCCCACACCACCGCUCCUUAUCACCCGUGAACACUUCUGUGCAUGGAUUGCAGCAAGCCAGGGCAUUCGAUUCACAAUACAUUUGCACUCUUCC